AUGGCACCCCGGAAGAGGAAUCGUCAUGCGUUGGGGUUUCUUUGUUGUUUUGGGGGCAGCGACCUCCCUGAAAUCAACCUCAAGGACAAUAACCCCCUCCAGUUCCUUGAGUUUUCUGUCCCAAUCCCACCAGCAGAAGAGCUCAAUGCCAGAUUCUCUGAACUUGUGGAUGAAUUGGAUCUCACAGACAAGAACAGAGAGGCUAUGUUUGCACUCCCUCCCGAGAAGAAAUGGCAGAUUUACUGCAGCAAAAAGAAG